UACGAUUGUCUUAUGUCUUCUUAUAUCAGAGAACGUAUUGUCUUCAUUUGAAAAGUUUAGCUUAACCGUGUUUCGUAUUCUAAUGUAAUAACAUAGGGAUUUGAAUUGUAUGCCACUGUCAUACACGGCUGGUUCAUAUUUUUGGUUUUUAAGUCGUGGAAAAAGAGCAAGCAAAGCAACCAGUCGCUGUAAAUCGGGCGACUGCUUUAGUCGCGCGCAACUCGACAAUCAAUACUCUGUCGGGAGUAUCUUGAAUUUGAACUAGACGUCUUGGGUCUUCAGUCUCUCUAGUGGUCUCUUGAAGUCGAGGCUUUCCUAGACGCUCGUCUUCUUUAGGUUAAGUUUGCUGAUCCAAACAUAGUGGAGGGAAUUGGAGGCAAAUUUCUCUCAGUCAGUUCAGUCUCGCCAAGUCCAUACACAUCUCAGCAACAUGACAGACAUGGAUAACAGCACUUGCCUUGAAUUGGCUUUAGAAGGAGAACGCCUUUGCAAAGGUGGUGAUUGCAGAGCUGGUGUUGCCUUUUUUGAAGCUGCAAUCCAAGCUGGAACAGAUGACUUGAGAACCCUGAGUGCUAUCUAUUCCCAACUUGGAAAUGCAUAUUUUUACUUGGGUGAAUACACAAAAGCCAUGCAAUAUCAUAAACAUGAUCUCACCCUAGCCAGAACUAUGGGUGACAGGCUGGGUGAAGCCAAAGCCAGUGGAAACCUUGGAAAUACAUUAAAAGUAAUGGGAAGAUUUGAUGAAGCCGUUCUCUGUUGCAAAAGACACCUCGAUAUUUCCAGAGAGCUUUCCGAUAAAGUUGGCGAAGGCAGGGCGCUGUACAACUUGGGAAACGUUUUCCAUGCGAAAGGUAAACAUCUUGGGCGGCUGGGUCAACAAGAUCCGGGCGAGUUUCCAGAAGACGUGAGAAAUUGCCUGUUAACUGCUGUAAACUAUUAUGAAGAAAAUCUUGAGCUCAUGAGAGAAAUAACCGAUCGGGCUGCCCAAGGUCGUGCAUGCGGGAACCUAGGCAAUACCCAUUAUCUAUUGGGCAGCUUUACCCAAGCCAUAAAAUAUCAUCAAGAGCGAUUGAAUAUUGCUCGGGAGUUUGGGGACAAAGCGGCUGAAAGAAGAGCACACAGUAACCUCGGAAAUGCGCACAUCUUCCUUGGAGAGUUCGAGACGGCAGCCGAACAUUACAAGAAAACUCUCUUACUUGCACAAGAUCUUGGAGAUCGGGCCGUGGAAGCGCAGGCUUGUUACAGUCUGGGAAACACAUAUACUCUGCUUCGGGAUUAUCCCACAGCCAUUGAUUACCAUCUACGGCAUCUCCGUAUAGCUGAAGAACUGAUGGAUAAAGUUGGAGAAGGACGUGCCUGCUGGAGCUUGGGGAACGCACAUGCUGCCAUGGGAAAUCACGAAAAGGCUCUGCACUACGCACAACGGCACCUUGAAAUAUCCCGCGAGAUUGGCGAUCCGACCGGCGAAGCGACUGCACAGAUGAACUUGGCCGAUUUGAGGCGAACACUUGGUGUCGACAGCGACGGUGGUUGCGGUGGCAUGGGAAAUUCGACGAAAGGUCACACAUCCGAGGCCGACGACGACGGACUCUACGGAGCAGAUAGCAAGGCAAGGCGCAGGUUAAGCAUGGAACGUAUGGAUUUGCUCAAGCUGACGCCGGAUGUGAAACUACUUCAUAGCAAGGGACGCCGUCAACUGCAUGAAAUGGAUGCUGUGUGGCCUAGACCGCCCACUAGCCAACCAAUGGUUAGACGUGAUAUGCUGCAUCAGUUUGCUAAUGGCGAUGAUGCCAUGGAUGAGGAGGAGUCUUUUUUUAAUUUGGUCACUCAGUUUCAAUCGAAACGCAUGGAUGAUCAGCGCUGCUCGCUAGCCAUCAUCGACAACAAGGAAAACCAACAUGCAAGUACGCUACCGUCAAAUAUUCACGAGAGUCCUUCGAGAUUGAAAGAAGAUCUAAUGGACCUGAUCGCCGGCAUGCAGAGUCGUCGCAUGGAUGAACAGAGAGCUUCACUGCCACGACUGCCAGGCUUGAACAACGCAAAUCCUGAUAUUCUACGUCGGCUGUCUGUAGAGCCAGCUGGCGAAGACGCGGCUGCGUUGCCCGACGAGAACUUCUUUGAAAUGUUGAUGCGGUGUCAGGGCACACGAUUGGAAGAUCAACGCAGCGCCUUGCCGGACACAUCGCCUAGGAGACACAGAGGACCCACUAUGCCCGACGAGGAUUUUUUUUCGCUAAUAAUGCGAUUACAAUCGGGUCGACUUGAAGAUCAGAGAGCAGAAGAUCCCUCACCUCCCCUCGCAGCCAAUGGAGCGGCUGCCACUUCAUCAUAGAGGAAACAGUAUCCCAAUUUCCUCCAGAAUAUUCCUCCCCGCCAACAGCUCUCAUCGAUGAUGGAAACGUGUGUCGACAUUCUCUCUCUCUCUCUCACGCGCCCUUAAGUUUAUCGUUUCACAUACCCAUUUUUCAUUUUCUUUAUUAUUGACUUGAGUUUUAAACUCUUCCAACCUCACAUCCAUUACGUUCGAUUUAUGCUUGCAGUAGAUGCCUGGAAAAGAAACAAUCUGAUGGUUUCUCAUUUUCGAAAGAAAAAGCGAGCAAACAAAAACAAGAUAAAUCUGAACACGGGGUUGGCUUCUUGAUUGUCCGUAUUUGCAUGAUGGCACACGAGUUCAAAGGCGUCCGCUUUAAAGCGUCGCAUUUCUUGUCUUCCUCCUUUUCUUUCUAUUACGUUGGAAGUUGGAAGAGAGUUGUCCCUUCCUCAACGUGAAAGGCAGUUCGAAGACAAUAAAUAGGCCAUUUCCCGUCGUA